AUGGAUCUGAACAACGAAACUUUCCUUGUCACCUGCAACAAUGAUCAGGACUACCUAACGGCCCUCACGGGAGGUCCAUGGGUGAUCCUUGAUCACUACCUUCUAGUGCAUCCUUGGUCACCAAAUUUCCGUACGUCUGACAAGCCCCACAGAUCAGUGGUUGCCUGGGUCCAAUUUCCAGAACUUCCAGUUCACUUCUACCAUCGGGAGGUCCUGUUCGCGAUUGGUAACCUAAUUGGAAGAACGAUUAAACUUGAUUAUCACACAGAAACUCUACAAAGGGGGAAGUUUGCUCGUAUGGCAAUCGACCUGGACAUGACAAAGCCUCUUCCGACGAGGAUCCACCUCGACGGCAAGUGGCAAGGUGUUGUUUACGAAAAUCUCCCUCAUAUCUGUUACGGAUGUGGGAAAAUCGGCCAUGUUGAAGAUAGUUGUCCUGCAAGGGAGAAGUCCUCGGAGCUGGCUCUGGUUAUCGCCGCCGACGGUUCUGGCAAGUCUGUCGAAGGCAGCUCACCGCCGGAGGCUCCGGCCGGCUACGGCCCUUGGAUGCAGGUCACGCGGAGAUCUCGGAAAUCGACGAAAGCCAAAUCGGGUAACCCCCCAAUUAGCUCGCCUUCGUCUGGCGCGGAUUCUGGGAAAACGGCUCCAAAAUCGGGCACAAAGGGAAAGACAGAGUUAGAGAUGAAAGGGAAAAAGGAAAGUAAGGAAGUUCAGAGGAAGGAAACACAUACCUCACAAAAAGGGAAAGCCAUCAUGACUGAAGCUUCGGGCCCCAACGGUAAAAAGAAAGGAGUUGUCAUCCAGGAAUGGAGGGAAGUCGGAUCGUCAGAGGCUGGCUCUAGUAUGGGCCGCUCCAUGGAGGCCCAACCGGCGGACAUGGACCAAACCAAUAAGCCCACCUCGACCACUAUCUCGGCCAAAGCCCUCCAAGGCCCCAACAAUACUAAAAUCCAGAUUAUAUCGGUCCCUCCUCUCCUAAGCUCCUGCAAGGAAAAUCAAAACCCAAAUCUGAAUAGAAAACUUUCGACUCAACGAUCACAAAAGAAGAAUCCAGAGAAAAUGCUGAGUGCUAUCCAGAACAGGGGAAUUAGCCUCAAGUCUACGAAGAAACCUCUCCAAUUGAACUCGAUUGCCAGAGAUGUUCUCAAGAAAUCGAAAGAUGGUAGCUUCCCCAUCACCAUCAAGGACAUCGAAGAGCUCUUUGCUUCUUCCAACACCAAAGUCUCUGCUCCUCAGACUUUAGCUGCUGAAAAGAUGAAUGAGGUGGUUGUGGAGGAAGAUCAUCAAGGGAAUUCGCUGAAGUCCUCCGUUGAUGCCUUCAUAAACCAUGGAACUCCGGCUGCCAUUAGCCAAUCAAAUCCGACAGCUCUUAAUGGAAAUCCGGCUUGA